AGCUCUCAGCCAUUCACAACGCGGACACGGUGACGGACCUUUCCCUUUCCCUCUCCCCCCUUUCGAACGAGGUGGCCAAGCGCAGGCGGGCACCAUGAUGGCGGCGGCGGCGCUGAGGCCGCACAAGGCGCCGCCGGCGCGCGUGCCCACGCGGUGGGUGGCCACGCUCUGCGCUGCCUGCUUCCUCCUCGGCGUCUGCGUCGUCAACAGGUACUGGCCAGUUCCUGAGCAUCCCGGUUGCCCAGACAAGGCAAGCUCUGACCACUCGAGGGCCGCGCUGAACCAAGUGUCGCAGACUCGCGAAGUCAUCAUGGCGUUGGAUAAGACGAUAUCGGACAUUGAGAUGCGCCUGGCUGCUGCUAGAGCUGCCCAGGCGAUGAGCCAGGGCAUGUCACCGAGUGAUUCGGAGGGUGACCAGGGAAGCAUGCGGCAUAGGAUGUCUUUUGUCAUGGGGGUUUUCACCACUUUUGCUAACCGAAAGCGGAGAGACUCAAUAAGGCAGACAUGGAUGCCACAAGGUGAUCAGCUACGAAGAUUGGAAGAGAAGGGUGCUGUUAUCCGUUUUGUCAUUGGACGCAGUGAAAAUCCAAAUCCCGACAACGAGGUGGACCGCGCAAUUGAUGCAGAAGAUAAAGAAUACAAUGAUAUUUUGAGACUUAAUCAUGUGGAAGGCAAUGGAGGGCUACCUAUGAAGAUUCAGAUGUUCCUUUCAACUGCUCUUACCACGUGGGAUGCUGAUUUCUAUGUAAAAGUUGAUGAUAAUGUUCAUGUCAACAUUGGUAUCACCAGAUCGAUUUUGGCACGACACAGGAUGAAACCUCGGGUGUACAUUGGCUGCAUGAAAUCCGGACCUGUUGUUACUAAAAAUGACUCCAAGUAUUAUGAGCCAGAUCAUUGGAAGUUUGGGACUGAGGGUAACAACUAUUUUAGGCAUGCAACACGGCAGCUUUAUGCUGUUACCAGGGAUUUAGCUACUUACAUAUCAGCAAACCGGCAUAUCCUGCACAAGUAUUCAAAUGAAGAUGUAUCAUUUGGCUCUUGGUUGAUUGGGUUGGAAGUCGAGCAUGUUGAUGAGAGAAGCCUUUGCUGUGGUACUCCCCCAGACUGUGAAUGGAAAGCACAGGCUGGAAACCCAUGCGCAGCGUCCUUCGACUGGAACUGCACGGGCAUCUGCAACCCGGUGGAGAGGAUGACAGAAGUGCACCGGCGAUGCUGGGAAGGCCGUGGAGCCGAAGAGCACGCACAGUUUUGACAGCCAGGGGACAUCGCUGUACCGUUUCUUCUGUAGGGCUCUGUAAUUAGUCAAGAAACAUUCUUGGUAUGCAAUGGUCCGGUUUUUCAGAUGUGCAGCAAUGCCAUCUUUCCUUGAUCUGUUGUAUGCGGAAAAUGGGAGAAGGUGAAAGAUGAGGACCACAACCUGCAAUUGACCUUA